AUGCACUCGCUGCCUACUGUCCCCACAGUUGCCGGAAUUCCAACCGACCUUUCCACAAUAGAUUAUGUGGAUGCUUAUCGGGCUUUUAAUCAAAUCGGCGGGAAAGCUUUGAAGGUUCUUCCCACAGAGAUGGUAAACUUUGUCAACUACGUGGAUGCAUUCUGUGAAACGCUGCGUCGGCAUUGCGAAGGCGAGAAUACGAUCAUAUUCCCUCGUCUUUCCUCUUUUACUGCCCUGGAUGGCGAAGACAACAAGGCUCUGCUUGGUUGCUUAGAAAGAAUGGAGCAAUGGGUCCAUGAGGCAGCACAGCACCCGGAGAAAGCUGAUUCCGUCGAACUAGUGGCCGCGAUGGAAGUUAUGGCCCCAGUGUUUAGUAGCAACAUGCAUGAACAGGUCCGUAAACCACAUGAACCCCCAGCGCUUAAAUCAGCUCUAACGGGACCGGAACUAAGAGCACUUGUUGAUGAGGACAUUGCCUGGAUCGCGCAAAACUCUCGAAUGGAAUAUUUUCUCCCGUUCCUUGUACUUCACCACGAUCGCAGUGCGAACGAGGCGUGGCCGGGCCUUCCCGACGAGGCAAAGAAUGCUCUUCCGGAGCUUAUGGCCGCCAACCCGGAGUGUUGGCAUUAUGCUCCAUUUGAUCUUGCUGGUCAACUUCAAAAUUAA